GCCCUGGUCCCGGCACGUGUGACUCUUCUUCUUCUGUAUAUUAAACGUAAAUAUGAGUUUUAUUGAAUAUUUAGACGAGGCUGCAGCUAAGGAACUACCGAGCUCAGAGGAUGAAGAAGACAUUAAGGACGAGGACACCUGUAGCCCACUACAAUUGGCAAAAGAAUUUCGCGCCCAAUACACAAAAGACGAAGCGGUGUUGUCCUUACAGCAGGACUAUGUGUUGGGAUUAUGUGCAGACACUGGAUUUACGCGAAUUGUAGCAGGGUUGUCCAAUACAGAAGUUAAGAUCUACGAUUUGAGUGAAGGAGGAUUACUAACUACAGUAGAGAAAGACCAUGUGCCGCUUUUGCAAAACACCCAGAAUACAAACACAAUUUGUGGCGUUCGAUUUAUGGAGGACAAUGCGAACACAUUAUUGGUGAGUACCACAAAUGGACUCGUGCGACUCUUCGAUUUGCGCACAACUGGUGAACAAGCGAGAUUUGAGUGUGAAAGUGGAACAUCGCCUCCAGUGCCAAACACCUUCAGCUGCUUCGAUCGCAAUGCGAAUAGCCGAAUCCUUUGCUGCGGCACGAAACUGUUCUUGGAUAAUGCAUUUUUAGUCUUCUAUGAUAUAAGAGAGCGUAAACAACUGGGCGUCUACAAUGAAAGCCACGCGGAUGAUGUGACUUCGGUUCGGUUUCAUAGCAAAUAUCCUGAUUUGCUUUGCACUGGCAGCACAGAUGGGUUAAUAAAUGUCUUUGACAUCAAGGAAAGUGAUGAAGAUGAGGCUCUGCGCAGCACAAUGAAUACAGAGAGUAGUGUGCAUCGGCUCAAUUGGCAUCAGAAUUCUAAUGAUCAGGAUAUCAUCACUUGUAUUACGCACACAAAUGAUUUCAAGAGCUUUCAAUGCUUGGAAUGUGAUACGAUCUUAUCCUUUGAACGUUCUGAUAUUGUUGCUGGCAUAAGACGCAAAAGCCCAGCUAAUUUUAAUCUCAUCAAUGCUCACAGUAUGAAGGACAAUAGCUUAUUCUUGCUAGCGGGCACAAACAUCAAUCGAGGUGAGAUUUUGCGUUCUGUGACUGCUUCGGUCAAGGACUCCCUCAAGCCCUUCACAAACUUUGUGGGCAACAAACAAAUUGUACGGGAGAGUCUUUACGAUGCUAACAGAGAUUUGCUUGUCACAGGCGGCGAAAGUGGCAUAAUUUCCAUUUGGACAAACGAUGCGAGCAACACAAAUAGCAGCAAUCAAUUGAAGAGUAAAUCUGCAGCGGCUAAAAAACGCAAGAAUAUGCCAUAUUAAGG